AUGUUCAAGUAUCGGAUUCGCAUGUUUUUUAAUGAACUGAAAGUGCUAGUUUUGAUGCGAUCUGGCUCCCGGCGGGCCGAUUCGGAAGCUGACCCAGACAGACGUUCAGGAGGCAUGAGGGGACUCGGGGUUGGAGGCUGCGGGUGGCCUCCGUUCGACUGCACAUCCCGGAAUGACGAGGAGGAGUACUACGGCACGGAUACCCGGCCGCGGAGCCUGGCGUUCGAGGAGAAGGACACGAAGCUUCAAGCGGGGCUGGACGCGGUGUCUCUCACCAGCACCAUGGACAGCGGCAUGCGCUCACCGCAGUGCCGAAUCUGUUUCCAAGGUCCCGAGCAGGGGGAGCUGCUGAGUCCGUGUCGCUGUGACGGCUCCGUGCGCUGCACCCACCAACCCUGCCUCAUCCGCUGGAUCAGCGAGAGGGGCUCCUGGAGCUGCGAGCUCUGCUACUUCAAAUACCAUGUGCUGGCCAUCAGCACCAAGAACCCCCUGCAGUGGCAGGCCAUUUCCCUGACGGUGAUUGAGAAGGUCCAGAUAGCGGCCAUCAUCUUGGGUUCCUUGUUCCUCAUCGCCAGCAUCUCCUGGCUGGUCUGGUCCUCCCUCAGCCCCUCGGCCAAGUGGCAGCGCCAGGACCUGCUCUUCCAGAUCUGCUACGGCAUGUACGGAUUCAUGGACAUCGUCUGUAUAGGCCUUAUAAUCCACGAGGGCUCGUCAGUAUACCGGAUAUUCAAGAGGUGGCAGGCGGUAAACCAGCAGUGGAAAGUGUUGAACUAUGAGAAGGCCAAGGACCUGGGGGACCCCCUAAGCAGCUCGGGGGGCAAAGGGGGCGGGGGGCGGGGGUCCCGGGGGGGCGGCGGAGGGCCUCACGGCUCGGGCCUGAGCGACCGCGCGGGGCGCACGGGCCAGCGCGUAAGGACUAUACUCAACCACCACUGCGGCUACACCAUCCUCCACAUCCUGAGCCAGCUCCGACCCACAGACCACCGUCUGGGCUCGGCCACCAACAGAGAGGUGGUGAUGAGAGUCACCACCGUAUGAGAGUCGCCACCCCUCCCUCAGCAUGGGGCCGCCCCAUUGGACGAGAGGGCGAAGUGAUGGGUGUGAUGAUGGGCUGGCUAGCUGGCUGGCUGGAUGUGAGUGGUUAGGUUGGUUGGUGGACGCACGCAGACUACUGGACGUCCACCUCCACACGUUCGCCUUCAGACAGUCGCGCCUCUCUGUUUGUCUCUGUCACCCAUUUUGAGAUAUCAAGGGACCCGUGACAACAGCAACAACAAAAAAGACUGACAUUGCUCACCUCUCUCUUCAAACGCCUUGUACUCUCACCUCUCUCAGUACCCGCUGGGAUGCCAUGGCUCUUUUCAAAAGCCGUCUUUGGUGAACAAAAGCGCUGGGCAAAAUGGGUGCCCAGCUGUCGCCUGAGGCAUAGUCCUCUGACGGGACUGUGAGCAGUGUGUUUUUUUAAGUGCUACAUUUACCAGUGUGGAUUGUGACAAGGAAACUAUUAAGUUUUAAAAAAAAUGAAGGUAAUAAACAUAAAAAAACUGUUUGGGGAAAAAAAGAAACUAAAAGGCUUCAACUUCUAAAAGCUGGAGGGCUUUUUCUUUCCUCAGCUGAAAUAUACAAAGCAUUGCCAUGUAUCCUGUUCUUCUGUUUUCUAAGACAAACAAUGACAAAAAAAGAGGAAAAAAUACUGUGGAUAUUGUUACUGAUUUUGAUUUUGAUAACCUAUAACAUGAUAUGGAAAACGUGGAAUUUCAUACUCCUCCUGCCCCCCUUCGUUUUUUUCUCAUCUAUGCUUUCGACCUGUUACGGCCGACCAUUCUUCUCUUUCUCACUGUCCAACAGGUGUUGUGGUGCAGAUCUCUCGCUCUCUCUCUAUCUGUCUGUCUCUAUGUCUGUAUCUCUUUCUCUCUAUCUGUCUCUGUCUCACACUCUUAUUUCUCUCUCUCCCUCUCUCUCUCUCUCUCUCUCUCUCUCUCUCUCUCUCUCUCUCUCUUUCUCUGUCUCUUCUGUGAUACUACAGUUCGAAGUGGCUCGUGUGUACUAUCACAAGGGCAUUCCCAAGUCCAAUACAAAACAUCUGAGUGCAAUAAGACUCCUGAAAGGAGAGGAGAAUAGCACAAAGGGGAAUUCCAAGAGUACAAAUCAUCUUCUGCAAUAAAGAA